AUGAGCGACAAUUUGCCGCACCAGACAACAAAGGUGUUGUAUGCGUAUACGCCUUACGAUUUCGGGCCGCUAAAUGUGAUAGAUACGAGGCAAAUCAAUAAUUUUGAAGGCGGAAAGUACUACUUGACAACCCCAAAGGAGCCUAUCGUCGUCUACCGAUUGUAUGGAGGCAAUGCACGAGAAGGGGGUCAAUACUGGACCGUUGAGCCACGUGACGGCAACUUAGGGUAUCGUAUGGACGCGGCCGUAAUGCCACAGUGGAAUUCGUUGGAGCAUGCAACUAAAAUGAUAAUUCCGCCUGGCGUGUUGUUAUUCGAAGGCCAGGUUGCUAGGCAGGUCACUAGGGAACGAUCCUUGCACGGCGGCGGUUGGCAAGUCUUUAUCCCAGGAAAUAUCAUCAACAACCUUGCCGAAAUCCAGCCAGGCAAGUUAAGCGGAAGAGCCAAUGAGCAAACCGUCAAAAGAUACUUGGACCGAAUUAACGAAGACCAAGACAAGCUUAUGAAGCGUUUUGAAAAGGAAUUCAACGAACGUUUGCAACAAAGAGCGACGAGCAAUGGAAGCGAAUUGCGACGAUUGCCAGGUCGAAUUCUGAAAUUCAUCCAAGGCAGCGACGGAGGCCAAACGGGAGAUAAAGUUGAAGCAGGAAAGUACCUUGUUCACAAGGAAAGUAUUCCUGGCAUGGGAGGCAAAAGGAAAAAUGUAUCGGUGUCUGUCCGAAUUGAAUUCGUUCGCUCCGAGACGCGAACAUACCAGAGUGGGAAGACCAUCGUUAACGAGACGACCAACUACUACAACCGAAUAACAGAAAUAACAGAAACAUACUCUUAA